GAAGACUUUUAUUUUGAAAAAAGGAAAAUAAAUCAGUUCGGUAACCAGAUAGCAUCUGCAGGACGUCAGUCACUUUUGUAGAGUGAGGCAGUUAGGGGAAAGCGAGGUGUUUUCAAGUUACUACUUGUUCUCAGUGAAGUUCGUUUUGUCCUUAUUUUCUCAUGUCAGUCAUGCAAAAAACUGUGAAAGUGAAGUUAACCAGAAGUUGUUGUAUUUUUAAGCCUGAGGCGACUGAUGAGUCUUAACUGGAUGCUUCUCACCGCAAAAAUAUUUUCUCAUGAGAUCUAAUUCUAUGUUUAUAGGGGGAAAUUAAUGGUCCAUUACUGUACAUUUCUAAAUGAUUUUGUCAGGCAUGAAUUGUCUGUGACACGCUUUGGUGAAAAUGCAAUACUAGCAGCUCCAUGGCACCAGAGCUCUUUGCAGCUGAUUGUAAAAGGAGUCAUGAGACAUGCCACUCCUUGAACAUGGAUGAGUUCAAACACCACAUGACAUGAUACAAAGUGUAGUAUCAAAUACUAACCUUUCAUUUUAUUUGAUCUUUGUGUCUGAGAACCAGCAGGAUUUUGCAUUAAUGCUGCGCUUCUUUGCAACGUCUCUGUACGUUCGAUGCCAACAUGCUGCAGCUCUGCCUUUAAACCUCAGGAGAUGUGCGUCUCUCAGCUCAGGGGAGAACCAACAGACUGUGGAGGCUCUUUAUGAGCUCUCCGUGGACAUCCAGAAGGUUCGGAAACUUAAAGGAUGGGUGCUACACGAGAGUCCGGCCUACGCRAAGGAGGUAGCCGGUCUGCUGAAGGACAUGGGGGCCUCGGGCCACGUCAUUGCUCACAUCUUAGCUGUUCAUCCGGAGGCCGUUCUUUGUAAUCCGGAGCAGAUGCAGACUCAGAGGGAGCUGUGGACGUCUGUGUGCCCAAACCAGAACGAGCUGAUCGGUAUUAUUGAGAAAUUCCCAGCAUCCUUCUUCACCUCGUCCAGUCACAACGACAACCAGCGGAACAACAUCGUUUACCUCCAGAGUCUGAACCUGAACAAGCGAGUCAUCACCAAACUCAUGGCCAGCGCUCCACAGAGCUUCAGCCAGCCGGUGGAGCAGAACCGGGUCAUGGUCUGCGCCCUCCAACAGGCCUACAGGGAGCUCGGGGGCGAAGAGGCCAACAUGAAAAUCUGGCUUCAGAAGCUGCUGAGUCAAAACCCGUUUGUUCUUCUCAAACCCGCCGAUGAGCUGAGGCAGAACCUGGUGUUCCUGAGAGAGAGGGGCUUCAGCACCGCAGAGCUCCUCCGCCUCCUCUCCAARCUGAAAGGCUUUGUCACCGAGCUGAACCCAGACAGAAUGCGCCGCACCCUGACCUUCUCCCGGAAAACCAUCGGCUGCUCCGAAGAGGAGCUGCGGGAGAUCGUCCUCAAGUGUCCAGCUUUGCUUUACUACCCAGAAUCUACACUUUCUGAUCRCUUUAAGGGCCUCCUCGGUGCCGGGAUCAGCAUGUCUCAGAUCACAGAGACUCCGGCCAUCCUGGAGCUGACCCCGCAGAUAGUGAACUAUCGCAUCCAGCGACUGAAGGGACAUGGGUACGACGUAAAGACGGGCAGUUUGGAUGUCUUAAACGGCACCAAGAAAGAUUUUGAGACGAGUUUGGGGAAACUUCAACUGAGAAGAGAGAGACCACUUUUUAACCCCGUCGCCCCUUUAAAGGGAGAUGAUUAACAAUAAUUAUUGAACUUAACAAAUCAUGAAAAUGUGUUUUUAUUUUUAUGUCUGAGAAAGAUUUCAGAGUCUUAUGUCUAACAGUUACUUUAAAAUCAAGACUUUUCCCAACAGGACAAAACAUCCAAAAAAAAAACCCCAUUAUGAUUACCCAUCAAAUACAUUAUUUUGUCAGUUUAUUGAAAUUCUAUGAGUUGGUUGAUUACAACAUUUUGCAGAUUAUGUAUAAGGCUCAUAAAAAUACCUUUGAACAUCCAAUUGAGUUUUGUUAAGAGACAAAGUUACUACAGUUUAAAAGGGACAGAGGUGUUUGUGAAACCUAAAAUCUGAACUAGUUUGAAGGAACGAUGUACUUCAGUGCAAGGAAUAAAACUGUGGAAUAAUCUGGAGAAUGAUAUUAAAGGUGUAGGAUCAUUGUAUAAGUUUAGGAGAAUGGUAAAAUCCAGUCUGUUGAAAUAUUAAAUGAUGUAAUAUGUAUCCUUAAAACUUGUCUGAGAAAGAUUUUAUUUUAUUAUUUUUUCUGUUUGAAUUUCUUUUGAUGGAAAAAGGCGCAGAUA